AUGAGUUUGAUGCUCUGCCGCUGGGAGCAGAACAACGUCACCAUGAAGCUGAUCUACACAGACUGGGCCAACCACUAUCUUGCCAAGUCAGGACACAAGCGUCUCAUCAAGGACCUCCAAACAGACGUCACAGAUGGAGUGCUGCUGGCUGAGAUCAUUCAGGUCGUUGCCAAUGAGAAGAUUGAUGAUAUCAAUGGCUGUCCCAAGAGCCGUUCUCAGAUGAUUGAGAACAUAGACGUCUGUCUCAGUUUCCUGGCAGCUAAAGGAGUCAACAUCCAGGGUCUGUCUGCAGAAGAGAUUAGGAAUGGGAAUCUGAAAGCCAUCCUCGGCCUCUUCUUCAGCCUGUCCCGCUACAAGCAGCAGCAGCAGCAGCAGCAGCAGCAGCAGCAGCAGCAGCAGCAGGCUCAGAGACAGAGCUCCCAGCCUGCGCUCCCACACUCGGCACCGUGCCAGAACUCACACCCACCCCUGAGCCAGCAGAGCAGCGCUCCGGCACAGCUCAGCCAAUCUCCGCAUGGGACUCUGCAGAAAGCAGCGCAGGCAGAGAUGCAGUCCAGGGAUGGUUGUCAGAGUAAACUUCUCAAGUUUUCCAUUGAUUUCUCUGAGGGCAUGACCCCACAGCCUUUGGUGAUGACUGAGCAUGAUCCAUCGUCUGCAGUGACUGUCAGCUCCUCUACCAGCAUCCCAGCUGCUGCCUCCUCUUUGGUUCCUCCAUCCUCCACUUCAACUGCCAUUCCCCAGCCCAACAGCAGCAGCAAGCCCUGGAGGAGCAAGUCAACCAGCUCCAAGCACGCUGCCUCUCAGUCUCUGUCCACCAGCACAAACCCAUCCACAAUGCAGUCCAGCAAGCAGGACAAGGACGCCUCCUCAAAGGUUGCUGUGGCAGCUGAGCCGCCUCCCAAAGCGGUCACUCAGAAGUCAAUGCUGGAGAAGCUCAAGCUCUUCAACAGUAAAGGAGGGUCCAAAUCAUCUGCCACCACUUCUUCAUCUAAUGGAGUAGCGCCCCAGCCUGAGAACGCUGCUCCAUCCAGGCCACUCGGGGUAGGACAGGUGGAAAAGUCUGAAAUUGGCUCCAACACGGACCCCCUAGAGGAAGACAACGGCAACCUCCGACCAGGUCUGAAUGGAACCAGCAACGGAGCACCUCCCACCACUGUCUCUACAACUGCCAGCAGCCCCAAAAUUGCUUUCCGGGGCAUUGCCCAGCGCACUUUCAGCAGAGCUUUGACUGCCAAGAAGGGGUCUGUGAAAGGCCAUGAGAAGGAGAAGGGGAAGGAGAAAGGGAAGGACGUGGGAAAGCGUGUCCCUGAUAGAACAGAGAUGAGGGGUGAGGAGCCUAAGGAGGACUUAACACCCAUUACUGCAGAUGGUGAUGGGUCAAACAAAAGGACCUCCAAAAUUGCUAGUUUCAUUCCUAAGGGAGGGAAAGUAGCCAAAAAGGAAAGUUCUACAACUGCACAUAGCGGAAUACCAAAGCCAGGAGGGAAAGCCCCAGGAGCUGGGGUCAAAGCCUCCUCAGUGAAGGAGGUGGGGGAGAGGCCUAGGAGCAUGCGGUUGGGAGGGGGUCUCACCAUGCACCGUGGCCCCCUGGACAGAGACAGGGACAGCAGACACUCCAGCUCUACCUCCAGCUUGGCCUCCACAGAAGGAAAGCCCAGCGCCACCUUAGCGGCAGGUGGAGGCACCACACAAAGCACAGCCAUCAACACCGUCAGCGUGCAGCUACCUCAGACUCAACAGCACCACAGCCACCCCAACACAGCCACUGUAGCACCGUUCAUGUACCGCUCCCAAACUGACGGAGAGGUGAACACAGAGAACAGUUCAGGGGGGAGAGGUGGAGACAUUUCCUGCACCAAGACCAGCCAUACCUCCAUAGAGGAUCUUUCAGGUGAAGACCCAGAGACAAGGCGGCUGCGUACUGUCAAAAACAUCGCAGACCUGCGGCAGAACCUGGAGGAGACGAUGUCGAGCCUGCGGGGAACUCAGGUCACACACAGCCCCCUUGAAACGACUUUUGACGGCAGCGUCACCACAGAUAUCAGCGGCGGUGGUGGGAGCGGAUGUGGUACCAACAACAACAGUGGAGGUGGUCGAAGCAUCCUCAGCCUUACUUCUGCCCGUUCCUCUUUGUCACCAUGGCGACUGGGCCAAUCAAGCCCCCGUCUGCAGGCGGGUGAUGCCCCCUCUGUGGGAAACGGCUACGGCAGCCGGGUGGUUGGCGGACAGGGGGGGCGGUACCUGUACCCUGGGCACCUGCGGCGACAGCUGGCGGGCAGGGGAGGAGCUCUGUGCAGCGUGGACCUUGGAGACAGAGCUGGGGAGGAAAUGGAGCUGGAUGGGAGCACCAUGGAGGUCACCGGGUACAUGAGUGAUGGAGACGUGCUGAGCAAGAACGUUGUGCGCAAUGAUGAUGUCACCAGCGGCUACAUGACGGACGGAGGUUUGGGGCUCUACACUCGGCGCCUGAACCGACUGCCUGACAGCAUGGCUGCCGUCCGAGAAACGCUGCAUCGGAAUACGUCAUCAGGACAGGGCGAUGGAGACAGCUGGGACGACAGCAGCUCCGUGAGUAGUGGCAUCAGCGACAACAUCGACACAGAUGACAUCCACACCAGCUCCUCCAUCUCCUCCUAUGCAAACACACCUGCAGCACAGCGCAAGGGCCUCAGCACACAGGUGAGACAGAUGGGACAGAUGUUUCUGCUGUUUGGUGGGAAGUCCAGUAAACAGGCUCCAGUCACCACAGCUGAAAACCUGAAGAACUCCACCGUCAUCUCCAACCCCCACGCCACCUUGAACCAUGUGGCUACGGUGCUGGAGUCCCCGGAUGGAGGCGUCGGGGACAGCGAGACCAGCAGCCCCCUGUUUGGAGGCAGAGCACUGGGAUCAGGGAUGGGAACGCUGGGCAGUGAGCAGGCCUCCAGCCCAGGAUCAGUGUACUCCUCCACUGGUCCCUCUAACAGCCUGACGUGGGGAACCACCUUCAGCAGCUCCUCUGUCCCGAGCAGGGAGGGCACCCUUGGGGGGUACGCUGGGACAGGCAGCGUGGGCUUCCCUUCUGUCAGCAGCAUGCACACCAGCAGCGAGUCCAUCGACAUGAGCCUGGGCAGCGCUGGAGGGGGAGGCGGGGGCCACGGGACCCACAGGGAGGACACCCUGCCCGCUCUGGGUCGCACCAGCAGCGUAAAGACCGGCAUGUCUGAGAGGUACGGCCCGUCGACACAGCUGCGAGGGCACGAGGAUCGUGACUGGCUGCGCUCCUACUCCACCAGUGGGCUGCAGGACUCUGCCAGCAACUCGCCAUUUUCCCCCAGCUCCAGCCUCACCUCCCCCUCCGGUACUCGCUUCAACUUCGGGCAGCUGGCUUCCAGCCCGACGUCUGCAGCUCAGAUCAAUCUCGCUGGUCUGCGCAACAACAGCCUGACCACUCAGGACGCCCCGUUUGACCCCUGCAGUGACAACCGGCUGAGAAACUCCUGCAUGUCUCUCGAUGAGAAGACGCGCACCAUGAGCCGAUCAGGAUCUUUCAGGGACGGGUUUGAAGAAGUUCAUGGAUCAUCCCUGUCUCUGGUCUCCAGCACUUCUUCCAUUUAUUCCACGAACGAGGAGAAGUCUCAGUCAGAGAUUCGAAAGCUGCGCCGGGAGUUGGAUGCCUCCCAGGAAAAGGUUUCUGCCCUCACGACACAACUGAGCGCUAAUGCUCACCUGGUGGCAGCGUUUGAACAGAGUCUGGGCAACAUGACCAUCAGACUGAAGAGUCUCACUCUGACGGCAGAGCAGAAGGACUCGGAGCUGAAUGAACUGAGGAAGACCAUCGAGCUGCUGAAGAAGCAGAACGCCGUCGCUCAAGCUGCCAUCAACGGCGUCAUCAACACUCCUGAACUUGUACCCAGAGGAGACCGGACAGGUGGCAGUAGCAGCUCUCUUCAGCAGCAGCAGCAGCCUCAGAGUCAGCAGCCAGACCUGCGCAUCAGGAGGCAGCACUCCUCCGACAGCGUCAGCAGCGUCGCCAGCGCAACCAGCCACUCCAGCGUGGGCUCCAACAUGGACGUCGACGCAAAAAACAAGAAGAAGAACAAAAAGAACUGGUUGAGAAGCUCUUUCAAACAAGCGUUCACCAAGAAGAAAUCUCCCAAAUCAGCUUCUUCUCAUUCAGACAUCGAGGAGAUGACGGACUCAUCGCUGCCGUCCUCCCCCAAGCUGCCUCACAACGGCGCUUCAGUCACCAGCCACCUGCUCAGAAACACUCACUCCAACACUCUACUGUCUGAGUGUUUGGACAGCGAGGCGGAGAUGGUGAUGCAGCUGCGCAGCGAACUCAGAGAGAAGGAGAUGAAGCUGACUGAUAUCCGUCUGGAGGCGCUCAGCUCUGCACAUCAGCUGGACCAGCUCCGAGAGGCCAUGAACCGCAUGCAGCUGGAGAUCGAGAAGCUGAAGACGGAGAAUGAUCGUCUGAAGCUGGACAGUCAGGGCAGCAAGACCGGCUCCCAGGUGUCUGUCUCAUCUUCUCCUCCCCCUCACACACAGAGCCACACUCCGGGGCCCGGUCCAGGACUGUCUCAGCACAGCCUCAACCUCACCACCAGCGAGUCCACCAGUCUGGACAUGCUGCUGGACGACACGGGUGGAGAAGGAGGCAUGAGGAAGGAGGGGCGACACGUGAAGAUCGUCGUCAGUCUGGAUGAGGACAAGUGGGAGGAGGAGGGCCGACCUCGUCAUUUUCUGAUUGGCUGCAUUGGUGUGAGCGGUAAAACCAAGUGGGACGUGCUGGAUGGAGUGGUCCGACGCCUUUUUAAGGAGUACAUUACUCACGUGGACCCGGUGAGCCAGCUGGGCCUGAGCACAGACAGUGUGCAGGGCUACAACAUUGGAGAAAUCCAUCGACCCAGCAUGGCCAGCACGCCCGAACUGCUGCCCUGCGGCUACCUGGUGGGAGACAACACCAUUAACAUCCAGCUGAAAGGUGCAAACAGUGAAAACGUGGACUCGCUGGUGUUCGACACGUUGAUCCCAAAGCCGAUGCUGCAGCGCUACAUCUCCCUGCUUAAGGAGCACAGACGGGUCAUCCUCUCAGGCCCAAGUGGUACAGGGAAGACCUACCUGGCCAACCAGCUGUCUCAACACCUGCUGCAGCUCGAGGGCCGACCCUCGACCCCAAAUGCUGUUGUCACUUUCAACGUGGACCACAAGUCUAGCAAAGAGCUCCGUCAGUACUUGUCAGGUUUGGCUCAGCAGUGCAGCGGGGUGUCAGGAGAGGAGAGCCCUCUGGUGGUCAUUCUGGACAACCUCCACCACGUCAGCUCCCUGGGAGAGAUCUUCAAUGGCCUCUUCAACUGCAACUACCAGCACAGUCCUUACAUUAUCGGCACCAUGAGCCAAGCCACGUCAUCGUCCCCUAAUCUGCAGCUUCACCACAACUUCAGGUGGGUUCUGUGUGCCAACCACAUGGAGCCGGUCAAAGGAUUUCUCGGUCGCUACCUGAGAAGGAAGCUGAUUGAGAUGGAAAUUGGCAGCCGGACACGCAGCAUGGAGCUGGUGAAGAUCAUCGACUGGGUUCCACGGGUUUGGCACCACCUCAACCGAUUCCUGGAGACUCAUAGCUCCUCUGAUGUCACCAUUGGACCCCGUCUCUUUCUGUCAUGUCCUAUGGAUGUGGAGGGAUCCAGGGUUUGGUUCACCGAUCUCUGGAAUUACUCAAUCAUCCCCUACAUGCUUGAGGCUGUGCGCGAGGGACUGCAGUUGUACGGCCGCAGGGCAGCGUGGGAGGACCCAGCAGCCUGGGUGAUUGACACCUACCCAUGGUCAUCGUCUCCGCCUCCGGGUGAGUGGCCCCCCCUGCUGCAGCUCCGCCCGGAAGACGUGGGCUUCGACGGCUACUCCGCACCGAGAGAAGGAGCCAGGAAGGAGCUGCCGCAGAGCGACAGUGAUGCGGACCCACUGAUGAACAUGCUGAUGCGUCUGAAAGAAGCGGCGACGUCGUCGAGCCCGCAGAGCUACGACAGUGACUCCAACAGCAACAGUCACCAUGACGACAUCUUGGACUCGUCGCUGGAGUCAACUCUGUGAUGCUUUCAAAAUCAUUUUUAAAAUAACUUCUUCUUUUUUUUUUUUUUUUUGGUCACAAAAUGUAGCCACCUUGUUUGGGUGCAGGUAACCCAAAUAUUUAAGAGGAACAAUAUCCAACUGGAUUCCAGUAAAGAGAGCAACAAAUGUUUCCAGAGCACUGCCUU